AUGUUCCAGUUCCACGCGUCUGAAAGCCCCAAGGUCGACGAAAAAGCGGCCGAUAUUGAACGCUAUCGUGCUCGUCACCGGCGCAUGUGUCGCGGUCAGCUACCGGACGCAACGCCCAGUCCGCAGAUCGAAGACUUGGACGUGGAGGACGGACGGACGCGCAAGAUCUCGGCCAAGUGGCGGCAACAGACGCAACCGCAGCAAGUUCCAGUGAGCAACCAGCUCCACGACGCGGAGAUGCACGUGGGCUUCAACGCCUUCGACUUCUCAGCGUCGCCCGAGGCUAGUCUGUGGGGACGAAGGUUUCCCGGUCACCAAGCGUCUGGACAUCCCGUCAAACAACUGCCCACACUAGGACAAGAGGCACUAUGGGGAGGUCGCGUGCACUACACGACACAAGACGCACAGCGCCAAGCUCUGUACUACCAGCCGCAAUAUUACGCAUAA